GGGGCGAUGCUGUCGGGGGGAAAGAAGGCCGCGGAGGCGGCGGCGGGCGGCGAGGGCGGGCCUGAGGCGCCGGUGCCUCCGCCCGCCGCCGCAGGGGCCCUGGGCUCCUCUGCCGAGAGCGGCGGGGCUGUGGAGCGGACUCCCCGCAAGAAGGAGCCGCCGCGGGCCUCGCCCCCGGGCGGCCUGUCCGAGCCGCCGACCGCCGGUGCCGCCCCUGCGCCCGGCGCCGAAACCACUGGCAUCGCCGAGACCCCCGAGGGUCGCAGGACCAGCCGCCGCAAGCGGGCCAAAGUGGAGUAUAGAGAGAUGGAUGAGAGUCUUGCAAACCUGUCAGAAGAUGAGUAUUACUCUGAAGAAGAGAGAAAUGCUAAAGCUGAGAAAGAGAAAAAACUACCACCACCACCUCCACCAGCUCCUGCAGAAGAAGAGAAUGAAAGCGAGCCAGAGGAGCCAUCUGGGCAAGCAGGAGGACUUCAAGACGACAAUUCUGGAGGGUAUGGAGACGGCCAAGCAUCAGGUGUGGAGGGUGCAGCUUUCCAGAGUAGACUUCCACAUGACCGUAUGACAUCUCAAGAAGCUGCCUGCUUCCCUGAUAUAAUCAGUGGGCCACAGCAGACUCAGAAGGUGUUUCUGUACAUCAGGAACCGCACCCUGCAGCUCUGGUUGGAUAACCCAAAGAUUCAGUUGACAUUUGAGGCAACUAUCCAACAAUUAGAAGCACCUUAUAAUAGUGAUACAGUGCUCGUUCACAGAGUGCACAGCUAUCUGGAGCGGCAUGGUCUAAUAAACUUUGGUAUCUACAAAAGAGUGAAGCCCCUUCCAACCAAGAAGACCGGAAAGGUGAUCAUUAUCGGUUCUGGAGUCUCUGGGUUGGCAGCAGCUCGCCAGUUGCAGAGUUUUGGAAUGGAUGUCACAGUUCUGGAAGCCAGGGACCGAGUAGGAGGAAGAGUCGCUACCUUUCGCAAAGGGAACUAUGUUGCUGAUCUAGGAGCAAUGGUGGUAACAGGACUUGGAGGAAAUCCCAUGGCUGUGGUCAGCAAACAAGUGAAUAUGGAAUUGGCUAAGAUCAAACAAAAAUGCCCACUUUAUGAAGCAAAUGGACAAGCUGUUCCAAAAGAGAAAGAUGAAAUGGUGGAGCAAGAAUUUAAUCGUCUGCUGGAAGCCACCUCCUAUCUCAGUCAUCAGCUGGAUUUUAAUGUUCUCAAUAAUAAGCCAGUCUCCCUAGGUCAGGCUCUGGAGGUUGUCAUACAAUUGCAGGAAAAGCAUGUAAAGGAUGAGCAGAUUGAACACUGGAAAAAAAUUGUAAAAACACAGGAGGAAUUGAAGGAUCUUCUUAACAAGAUGGUGAAUUUAAAAGAGAAGAUUAAAGAACUUCAUCAACAGUAUAAGGAAGCAUCAGAAGUGAAGCCACCUCGGGAUAUUACAGCAGAGUUCCUUGUGAAAAGCAAACACAGAGAUCUGACUGCACUUUGCAAGGAGUAUGAUGAAUUGGCAGAAACACAAGGAAAGCUGGAAGAGAAGUUGCAAGAACUUGAAGCCAAUCCACCAAGUGAUGUAUAUCUGUCAUCAAGAGACAGGCAAAUACUCGACUGGCAUUUUGCAAACCUAGAAUUUGCUAAUGCUACACCCCUGUCGACACUUUCACUGAAGCACUGGGACCAGGAUGAUGACUUUGAAUUCACAGGCAGUCACUUGACUGUGAGGAAUGGAUAUUCCUGUGUGCCUGUAGCCUUGGCAGAAGGGUUGGAUAUUAAAUUAAACACAGCAGUUCGACAGGUUCGCUAUACAGCAUCAGGCUGUGAAGUGAUAGCUGUAAAUACCCGAUCUACUAGCCAGACUUUCAUUUACAAAUGUGAUGCUGUGCUAUGUACUCUUCCCUUGGGAGUAUUGAAACAGCAGCCUCCAGCAGUACAGUUUGUGCCACCUCUUCCUGAAUGGAAAACUUCUGCAGUGCAGCGUAUGGGAUUUGGCAAUCUCAACAAGGUUGUGUUGUGUUUUGAUCGUGUCUUCUGGGAUCCGAGUGUCAAUUUGUUCGGUCAUGUUGGUAGCACUACUGCAAGCAGAGGAGAACUUUUCCUGUUUUGGAACCUGUACAAAGCACCAAUUUUGUUGGCCUUGGUAGCAGGAGAAGCAGCAGGGAUCAUGGAAAAUAUCAGCGAUGAUGUCAUUGUUGGACGGUGCCUUGCCAUCCUCAAAGGCAUAUUUGGUAGCAGUGCUGUGCCACAGCCUAAAGAGACUGUGGUGUCCCGCUGGCGUGCUGACCCAUGGGCCCGGGGAUCGUACUCGUAUGUAGCAGCUGGAUCUUCUGGAAAUGACUAUGAUUUGAUGGCUCAGCCAAUUACUCCAGGGCCAGCCAUUCCAGGUGCUCCUCAGCCCAUUCCUCGCCUGUUUUUUGCGGGAGAACAUACUAUUCGCAACUACCCUGCAACUGUUCAUGGUGCUUUACUGAGUGGACUGAGAGAAGCCGGUCGCAUUGCAGACCAGUUCCUUGGAGCCAUGUAUACUUUGCCUCGUCAGCCUACGCCUGGGGUGCCCCCACAACAAGCUACCAGCAUGUAAAGAAAGUAGAAGGCAUCAGAAGAGGAGUGACAAGACCACAGCGCUGCUGUUGUCGACUCUUUGGGAUGAAGAUAUUCGUGUAGUCUGUAACAGUAUCUGCUGAAAGGACUCAGUCAUGAGUUACUGUGUAAUACUUCCGUUAGAAUGGCCUUACAAAAGCUUACCUAACCUUUGGCUUGGCAUCCUUUUACAAAAUCUCUUACAGCUAUUUGAAGUGUCAGUGUACACAGAAUCCUUUACUACCAAGCUGGUCAGGGACUUUUUGACUCUGCAGAUACUUUUUGAAAGUCUGGUAAUUGCACAAGGCGCUCUAGAAGCUGGUUGCUACGGAUAGUAGCUUAGUGUAGAAUUUAUGUAAACUUCUGUGUUGGGUUUUUUUAUUGUUUUGUUUUGAAGAAGAAUAUUUUUUGACCAAUUCUAUUCUUAUCUGGCAUUUGAGAAUUUGGUGCAACUGUUUCCCUACCAGUAACAGCAAAUCACACCCCUCCAAAAUGGUCCACUGGCUGCUACACCAUAUGCAUCCUGGUUUAGAAAGAAAGCUGGUACUACUAACAGUGUGCUAAGCAUACUGUUUUAUUAAAUACUUUCAACAAAAGAAGUCAUCAGAACUGCAUAUUUGUAAGUUAAAAGCUAGAAAAAUUAUUUGUAUUUGUUUAUAUAGAAACAGAGUUGCCUAGACAGUAAGUUAGCUGAAGGACCUAAUCUCUUGACUUCUGCACGCUGCAGGCAGGCACUCUGUGUGCCUGUUGAUUUCAUUUUCGCUAGGUUAAUGAGAUGGUGUUGCAGCUGCCAUUGUUACGCUUUUGAAAAUCACUUUGGUUUGGCUGCUUUUCCAAAUAUUUUUCUUCUUAUUAAUUUAGCACAUAGAGCCUUCCUUUCAUUGCACAGAACAGUCUUAUUUAAACAUUUAGGUCCUUUUUCUCUCUCCUCCUUUCCCUGUUUAGCAUUAGACUUUUCUUAUUUCUUUCAACUUUUCUUUAUGCUCCUGUUUCUGCAGUUUAUUUCUGUCUCAUCUAACCAUGGUCUCUGUUCACGCUGUUUUUUUUUACUUUUCAGUUUUGCUGUUCUCACUCUCUCUGACCCGAUGUGUACAUGUGCAGUCAGUCCCAACUUCCUUCUGUCCUUGCACCUUCUGUUCUGCUAGAGGACCAGUACCUCCGCUUGUUCUAUGCUCAUCCAUCUACAAUUACAUUGCCCACCCUUCUUCCUGAAGAAAAUGCACACACAAACAUGACUGCAGCCCCUACUUGUUCACAGCUGUAUUGUCUUUGGCCACAGACUCUAUAACUCCCAGCAUCGUUGCUUCUACUGUUUUCUUGUGUCUCCUUCUUAGUAGCUGGAGAUCAUUCUUCCUCCUCACUACGUCUAUUAUCUUCUCGUUGUUUUCUCAUUAGAUGUUGAAGUCCGUGAGGGGGUAUCUCCAUAGGCAGUCCUUCUGACAAGCUGUGAGAGAGGGGAGGACUCUGAUGUGACAGGGUAGUAGUCUGUGAGGGGGCACAGACUUGGGGUGUGAAGGACUAAGGCCAUUUGAAGUGGCUGAAUUUGGUGCCAUGGGGGACCCUCUUUCCCAAACCUCUGUCUAAAUUAGUGCUACUUUACCCGUUUCUCUAACUUUGCAAAUAUUGUUGCUACUUGAGCCCUUUAUUGAAAGGGGUGCUCCUCCGCAAUACUACUUACCCUCGUUUUCCCUUCCAGGGGACAAGAGACUUUGUGAUGUUCGGUCAGAAAACUGCCACUGAAGUGGGGCAGGAAUUGGAAGUGUAGCAAGGCAUGGAGGAGGGGUGUCCAGGGGGUGACUGAGAGUAAAUAGAGAAUAAUUUGAGACUCAAGACUCCCUGCCUUAUGUUCGGGUAAAAGCCUAUCAGCACCACUACCCAGAGAAAUCCUGCUCCAGGAUGAGAGGUGUGACAGGCCUUUAAAACCCACCAAUAGCUGAUCUAGUCUCUCUGCUAGUCUGACUGAAGAUGGGAAAAGGAUCUGAGAACUGGGGUGCUAUGUUCUGUAACCAAGCUUCCAGCCUCUAUGGGUCUCCAUAUUUGUGGGGUGGUUUGCUAUUGGGAUUAGAGAUGGUGCUGUCUCUUGCCAUGAGGACUGUCAUCCUACUUGCUCUAGCAAAGUGUCAAAAACUCAGAAAAGCACUUCCGGCCCACUGGAAAAUAAAACAGUCCUCAACUUAACAAAGCCAAAUGGUGUCUUUUCCAGACAAAUACCAAGCCACUUGUGCAUCAGCCUAUUAAUGUUAUUUUCAGCUGCUUUGUUGUGCUUUAUGUUUGUUCUGAGACUUAGCAUGUUAUUCAGCAGACUAAUUCUGUCAAACAACACACAGUCAUUUGUCAAAAAGACAUUCCUUUUGCACAUUGCCAUUGGUUUGACUAAGUGGGGCUAACCUUUCACCUGACGACCAGACUGUCCUGUUUUCCCUUUUCAAAAAGGCGUCUGAAAGCUAUGGUGACCACUGAAAUAAGAAGGUGGAGAUGAAGCCCUGACAGUUCCCACCCUUUUUGAAGGUGUGCAAGGAGUUGGUGGGUGUUAGCUGAUGGUGGUGAUGGACAUGAGCAAAGGAAUGGGAAUGCCAGAAGGAGACGACGAGACCCUGUGACUUGAUGUAGCCUGUUACUUUCAGAGUCUUCACUGGAAGAUGAAGACCAUCAUGUGUGGCCUGCUGCACCCUGCCCUCUCCAUUAUCUUUUGGGGACUCUGGACCUAUUCCUCAGCCAGUCCCUGCUAACAAGCCCUAGUAGGUAUUAGAGAGUGAACAGCUCAGAGUAUGUCCAGCUCUGAGGGGUGUUUGAGGCUCAGCAAAGACACGUAAGGCUGUGCAGCCAGUUGCUGGACACCUCAGCAGCUCCCGUACUGCAGCUCCUGCCCUGCAUGGCCCAGCUUCUUGUGGUCAGUGGCAUUGGUUGCACCCUAAGCAGAGGGGCUGGGUGAAGGUCAAAGACUGCUCCCUUUGUUCUGGUUGUAUCCUGUGGAAUUGCCAGGAUGGAGGGGGGAGCUUGGGGGGAAGCCCUAUCACCCCAAGGCCAGCUGGAGGUUGCAGACCUGGGAAAGGUGGCCUGAGCACGUAGUGAUGAGUCAGCUUAGUGUUGGGGUUCAGCUCUGCCAGGCCACAUGGUGGAACUUCGUUGUUUGUCCAGGAGCAGGAUGGUCUGGCGCUCUGCGGCACUAACAGUGUGCCAUAUUCCUCAAGCAGGUACUCUUCCAGCAGUUAGCAGCUCUUGCCCCACUACUUCUGUCAUCCCAGGGGUGCCUUCUGCCGUGCAUCAAAUGGUGGCUCUGAGUCCAGACUAUCAGUGUGUGUGUUCAGGAGCAUAUUGCUGUCUGCUCCCUGUGCCAGGGUCUGUUGGAUGGACCUUUGGUCUGACCCAUAAGGGCUAGUCCUGUUUCAGUGCUGCCUGUGCAGUGGUAGUGGUGGCCUACUGAGGAGGAGAGGGCAUUGUAAACAGAUCACCCAGCCCUCUUCAUCUCAGUGUCCUUCCUCAUGGUGUAGCCAUUCUUCCCCUUGCUGC